AUGGGCCUUCGGAAGUACCUGAAAGGACUCAAACACAAACCCGCUGAGCGGGCCGAGCCGUGUGACGCAGCAGGGCCCGAUGAUGCGGACGAGGAAGGCGGCGACGUGACAGAGGCCUCCCCGCCUCCACAGGCUCCGGCAGACGCUGAUGUGUCCAAGUCGGCGUACUUCACAGCCUGGGCUUCUCUCAAAGAGCCCGAGAGGGCAAAGCUUGGAUCUGAUGAAAAAAUGAUAAAGCUGUUUGAGCAACUCGAUGAAGUCGACGAAGUGCACUAUGAGAAGUCGCGCUUCGCCAGAGGACUCAAGGUGGUAGCGCCUUAUCUGAAAGGCGUGGGCACCAUCAUGGAGUUCACCGGUACACUUGCGAGCCUACAUCCGAUUGCAUCUACGACUCAUGGUCUUGUCAAAAGCUCGAUUACGAUCCUUGCGACAUUAUGUGGCGCCGGCGAGGAGCUGUCAGGGGAAAUUGAGUCCUUCAUCCAGAAGAUACCGGCCAUCGAGCGCGUGAACGAGGUGGUCAAGAGCGGCGAUGAGCUACCAGAUCUCCACAAGGCUCUCGUGGCCCUGUAUAGAGACUUGUUUGACUUUAUCAUUAAAGUUGACGCUGCUCUAAGUAAGAAGGGAGGCGCGACCAUGGCGAUCGUCAUUUUGCGCCGCCAAUUGCCUGGAAUUGUGUCAUCGUUCAACAAGCACAUAAUCGAGAUCAAAGGGGAGAUUGACGAUUUAUGGCUCGGAAGUACUCUUGAUAUGGAAGAACAAAACCUGACUGCACUACGUAUCGAGCUGAAGCAGCGUGAAGAUGACGCUUGUGACUGGAUCAAAGGACACCCACGCUUCAGCGCUUGGGCAGAUAUAGAUUCGAAAGAAAACGUUUUGGUAUUGCUCGGCGAUAUGGGGUGCGGUAAGACCAUGACCACAUCUUUUGUCGCUGACAAAGGCAUUCCAGUCCCUCACGUCGUCUGCUCCUACUACAUUACUGGAGGCACACAAACGGCAGAGAUGCCAAUAAUAUUGCGCAGCAUCAUGUGGCAACUCCUCCAAGCAAAGCCAAAGAUGAAGCGCGACUUUAUGUACUGGUUUCGCCAAACGGUCGACCCCUCCAACACUUCUCGGCCAACGUCAUACGAUGAAAAGAUCCGCGAAUUUUUGAAACAUGCCCUACUUGCAUCGGAGGACUAUAUAUACCUUGUCUUGGAUGCACUUGAUGAGUGUGAGAUUGCCACACUGAGCGAUCUGGCGAGACUCUUUGAAGAGCUUUUGAAAAGUGGUGCGCUGCUGAAGGUGUUCCUUUCCAUGCGCCACAAUGACGAAGCCGAAGGUUUGCUGCCAUCAGGCACGGUGAGGGUUGAGUGUCAGACAUCACCAAAGCAAAGCCACGCUCUUGCGGCAUUUCAGGCGAAGCGGCUGCACAUCUCGGAGAAUAUACGAGAGAGAGUUGUCGAGGAGGUAGCUUCAAGAGCAGAUGGUUCUGCCAUCUGGAUUAGAAUGGCGCUGGAAUACUUGAAUAAGAGAAAAAUACGAAACCAGACCGAAUUGGACGGAGCGAUCAAAAAGCUCUCGAGCUAUAAGAAUCUGACAGAAAUGUAUUGGCGGCUGUUUGAGAAGUGCAGAAAUGACCUGGACGAAAAUGAGAGCGUAUUGACCAUUGCCCUCGACACACUUGCUGUGGCCCAGCGGCCGCUCACAGUUGAGGAGCUUGCGUACGUUGUCUUCAUCGAGCUGGACAGAGACGACGGACUGCCAACUAUCGAUAGACUGGAUGAGCGGGCCCAAGGGAUCGGCGUAUUUGACAUUGUGCGGCCAUUUGUGCACAAACUGCAGGUUGCGGGUAGCAAGGAUCAGGUACGGCUGGUGCAUCAUUCACUGCGCGAGCUCAUCUUGCGUGCGCCGCCAGCAGAGUGGACGGCAUCGGGCAGCUUCAAGCUAAAGAGCAUGCAGACGCCAACAUCACGCAGUCCACAGCUUGAGGGCCAGCUACUACGUCGAUGCGUCAACUAUUUAAUGUACGAAGAGUGCGAGUCAAACCAGCUGAAGGUGCUGGACAACAACUUCGUCUUCCUCACAGAGGUCGGAAACCCUUUUGACUCGGAAUCCGAAGUGUCGGUAGAAUUGAAAAAUGAAGGAGACGUAUACGCCAAGUUUGACCCCAAAGAUAACGGACUUGGAGGCUUCUUCACCUAUGCCGCGUCGGCAUGGCUCCAUCAUUACCAGCGUGCCGCCCCGGACAUGGACCUCGGCGUCGACGACCUCAUCGCGCUGUGCAGGUAUGAUAAAAACCGGACGAAGAACUGGGUCGAGCAGGCUCGCCGGCCAGAUUGCUUCUAUGUUCAAGGGGCUAAUGGAAAACAUUACGUCGACGAUGUGAGCCGGCGCGGAGCCUUCCUUGAUCCGCUGACGGUAGUAUCGACAUUUGGCUCCCCGCUGGCGAUUAUCGCCAUGCUCGCGCGCGACUUGACCCAUGAGGCUUUUCACAUUGACGCUCGUGACUUCUAUAUCGACAACAUCAUUGGCCGCGGCUCGCCGGCCGUUCUGGAGGCACUGCUCCGAGACGAAGCUACCACCGCGAUGCUGGUCGCCGACGGUGUGCUGGAAAAUUUUGCCUACCACGUCUAUGACUUUCGUAUGGGAGAGGAGUGGGAUCCGGUUCUCAGAACACUCAUCGAGGGCAGCCGCGACUAUCUCCUCGAGCACGGCAACCGCAUCUUACGCGGCGCUGCCGGCCACGCCCUGCCGCUCGUACGGAUGCUCUUCGCCGCCGCCGACACUGACCUUGAGCUUCGCGCCGCACUCCUCACGACAGAGAUGGCGCCCUCCGGAAAUUACGUCAAAGUUGGUAGGAACGAGCAGCAGUCCGUCGGGCAGGCGGCGCGUGGCCACCGCGCGGACAUUGUUAGGUUCCUGUGCGCGCAGGAGGGCAUCGCGCCGCACCUUCACUUCCGAGAUGCGGACGGCAACACGGCCUUUCACAUGGCCGUCAAGACGUCGUGGCACCAAACGGCCGACUCGCUGUUUGAGUUUUGGCCUGAAGGGCUCUUCGAGGAAAACGACGCCGGGGAGGAGCCGCUGGCGACGUACCUGUACAGCACGCUGCGGGAUGCGCCACGCAUGCUGCUCUUUCUGCGGCUGGUGCUAGCGAGCGAGGUAGCUCAGAGGACGGUGCGGGAGAAGAAGGGGAGAGAUCUCUCGACAGUGGUAGUCCAGGAGCUGGCUCGGCGGGGGCACAUGGGGACGUGCCGGACGCUGAUUCGCGAGGGUAAGGCGGCGAUGGAGGACGUAUUGCUAUUGGAGGCCGGGACAGGCCGGCCAGUGCUGAGGGAGGAGGUCAAGGGUGAGGGAACUGACGAACUACUGACAGAGCUGUGCUACAUUUUGCCGCUGGCUGUUAGUCCCCAGUACUUGUUUGAGCAGCGGAGAGAGAGAGGCCACGAGAGAGAAUAA